AUGAACGUACUCUUCAAUCAAGCCCUGAAGCAGUCGACAGCGAUACGGAAAGAUCUAGAAACAUUCGCACAGGCACCUGCUACGGCAUCUCCUGCUUUACAAGGACAGAUAUCCACCACCCUCACCAGCCUAUCUCGAACCCUAGAAGACUACCAAAAUCUGUCCCGAAAUGAGUUGAACGAGGAGAAGAAAGAGAAGGCCGUUGAGAGGUUGAAGAACUUUCGUGCCGAUCUGGCGUCCUACCGCACGCAAUUUGAUCAGUUAAAGAAGGAGCGCGAGGCCGCCGUUGCAGUCAACAACAGGAAUGAACUACUCGGCCGGCGGCCGCACCACGCUGCGACUCCUGAAAACCCAUAUGCCCAUGCCUCGAGUCCGAGUGCGUUUGCUCCUGCCCAUCGCAACACACAAGACGGUCUCUCCUUUGGAGCGGGCUCCAGCAAUUAUACCCGCGAGGAACACGCUCUCCGGGAACAGAACUUCUUCGAUACCGCCAACGCGCAGCUUGACGAAUUCCUGGACCGAGGUCGAGCAGUUCUGGGUGACUUGGGACAUCAGCGCGACAUCCUCAAGGGUACCCAGCGGAAGCUCUAUAGCGUUGCCAAUACACUCGGCGUUAGCGGUGACACCAUCCGAAUGGUCGAACGACGAGCUAUGCAAGACAAAUGGAUCUUCUGGGGAGGUGUCGCCGUCUUCUUCUCCUUCUGCUUCUUGGUCAUCUACUUUUUGAGAUGA